GGAGGAGCCGGCAGCGUGCGGACGCCACUCUCUCGCCGCCAGGAGCGCAGCGCGGCGCUUCCUUACCUCGCCGGAGCCUGGCUCAGGUCCCCAAAUCUAAACCACAAUGGCACAAAGAGACGCAGAUAAGUACCUUUAUGUGGACAAAAAUAUCAUUAACAAUCCCCUUACUCAGGCUGACUGGGCAGCCAAGAAGUUGGUAUGGGUUCCCUCAGAGAAGAGUGGAUUUGAAGCAGCUAGCCUAAAGGAAGAAAUGGGAGAUGAAGCCAUCGUAGAAUUGGCAGAGAAUGGGAAGAAGGUGAAAGUAAAUAAGGAUGACAUCCAGAAGAUGAAUCCCCCCAAAUUCUCUAAAGUGGAAGAUAUGGCUGAGCUGACAUGCCUGAAUGAGGCUUCUGUGCUUCACAACUUGAAGGAAAGAUACUACUCUGGACUGAUCUACACCUACUCAGGCCUGUUCUGUGUGGUAAUCAAUCCUUACAAGAACCUGCCAAUAUACUCAGAAGAAAUAGUGGAGAUGUACAAAGGCAAAAAGAGGCACGAGAUGCCCCCUCACAUCUAUGCCAUCACAGACACAGCCUACCGGAGUAUGAUGCAAGACCGAGAGGAUCAGUCCAUCCUUUGCACAGGUGAAUCAGGAGCUGGUAAGACAGAAAACACCAAGAAGGUCAUUCAGUAUCUGGCUCAUGUUGCUUCCUCACACAAGUCUAAAAAAGACCAGGGAGAACUAGAGAGGCAGUUACUCCAGGCUAAUCCCAUCCUGGAGGCCUUUGGAAAUGCCAAGACAGUAAAGAAUGACAACUCCUCAAGAUUUGGCAAGUUCAUCAGAAUCAACUUUGAUGUCAACGGUUACAUUGUUGGUGCCAAUAUAGAGACCUAUCUACUGGAGAAGUCACGUGCAAUUCGUCAAGCCAAAGAGGAGAGAACCUUUCACAUCUUCUACUACCUACUGUCUGGAGCAGGAGAACAUUUGAAGACUGAUCUACUUCUGGAGCCUUACAACAAAUACCGCUUCCUUUCCAAUGGGCAUGUCACGAUCCCGGGUCAGCAAGACAAAGAUAUGUUUCAAGAGACCAUGGAAGCUAUGAGGAUCAUGGGCAUCCCAGAUGAGGAACAAAUAGGUCUUCUGAAGGUUAUCUCAGGUGUUCUUCAGCUUGGCAACAUAGUUUUCAAGAAGGAACGCAACACAGACCAAGCCUCUAUGCCAGACAAUACAGCUGCUCAGAAAGUGUCUCAUCUUCUGGGUAUCAACGUGACAGACUUCACCAGAGGUAUUCUGACUCCUCGCAUCAAAGUUGGCCGAGAUUAUGUCCAGAAAGCUCAGACCAAAGAACAGGCUGACUUUGCCAUUGAGGCUCUGGCUAAGGCCACUUAUGAACGGAUGUUCCGGUGGCUGGUUAUGCGCAUCAACAAGGCGUUGGAUAAGACCAAGCGACAGGGUGCAUCCUUCAUUGGAAUCCUUGACAUUGCUGGUUUUGAGAUUUUUGAGCUGAACUCCUUUGAGCAGUUGUGUAUUAAUUACACAAAUGAAAAGUUGCAGCAGCUCUUUAACCACACCAUGUUCAUUCUGGAGCAAGAGGAGUACCAGAGGGAGGGCAUAGAGUGGAAUUUCAUUGACUUUGGCCUGGACCUGCAGCCCUGCAUUGACCUCAUAGAGAAGCCGGCUGGCCCUCCUGGUAUACUGGCCCUGCUGGAUGAAGAGUGCUGGUUCCCAAAAGCAACAGACAAAAGCUUUGUGGAAAAAGUUGUACAAGAACAAGGCACCCACCCCAAAUUUCAGAAGCCAAAACAGCUGAAAGACAAAGCUGACUUCUGUAUCAUACAUUAUGCUGGCAAGGUGGAUUAUAAAGCAGAUGAGUGGCUGAUGAAGAACAUGGAUCCACUGAAUGAUAACAUUGCUACUCUUCUCCACCAGUCGUCGGAUAAGUUUGUGUCUGAGUUGUGGAAAGAUGUUGAUCGUAUUGUUGGGCUGGAUCAGGUAGCUGGCAUGUCAGAAACAGCGUUGCCAGGAGCCUUUAAAACCAGGAAGGGUAUGUUCCGAACAGUGGGACAACUUUACAAAGAACAACUGGCUAAACUGAUGGCCACUCUGAGAAACACCAACCCCAACUUCGUCCGUUGCAUUAUCCCCAACCACGAGAAAAAGGCUGGAAAGCUCGACCCCCACUUGGUCCUUGAUCAACUUCGCUGCAACGGAGUGCUGGAGGGAAUCCGUAUUUGUCGUCAAGGUUUCCCCAACAGAGUUGUAUUCCAGGAAUUCAGGCAAAGAUAUGAAAUCUUAACUCCAAAUGCAAUUCCCAAAGGAUUUAUGGAUGGAAAACAAGCCUGUGUGCUGAUGAUCAAAGCAUUGGAGCUGGAUUCUAACCUUUACCGAAUUGGACAGAGUAAAGUGUUUUUCAGAGCUGGAGUACUUGCUCAUCUUGAAGAAGAGAGAGAUCUGAAAAUCACAGAUGUCAUUAUUGGCUUCCAAGCAUGCUGCAGAGGCUACCUGGCCAGAAAAGCUUUUGCCAAGCGCCAACAGCAGCUGACAGCCAUGAAAGUGCUCCAGAGGAACUGUGCUGCCUACUUGAAGCUGCGGAACUGGCAGUGGUGGAGGUUGUUCACCAAGGUGAAGCCCCUAUUGCAAGUAAGCAGACAGGAAGAAGAGAUGAUGGCCAAGGAAGAAGAACUAAUAAAGGUUAAGGAGAAGCAGCUAGCUGCAGAAAAUAGACUGAGUGAGAUGGAGACAUUCCAGGCCCAGCUAAUGGCAGAGAAGAUGCAGCUGCAAGAACAGUUGCAGGCAGAAGCUGAACUCUGUGCUGAAGCUGAGGAGAUAAGAGCCCGCCUAACAGCCAAGAAGCAAGAACUGGAGGAAAUAUGUCAUGACUUGGAAGCAAGGGUGGAGGAAGAAGAGGAACGUUGUCAACAUCUGCAGGCUGAAAAGAAGAAAAUGCAGCAGAAUAUUCAGGAACUAGAGGAGCAGCUUGAAGAAGAGGAAAGUGCAAGGCAAAAGUUGCAGCUGGAAAAAGUGACCACAGAGGCCAAAUUGAAGAAACUAGAAGAAGAUGUGAUAGUUCUGGAAGAUCAGAAUCUCAAAUUGGCCAAGGAAAAGAAACUGUUGGAAGACAGAAUGUCUGAAUUUACAACAAACCUAACAGAGGAAGAGGAGAAAUCAAAGAGUUUAGCCAAACUCAAGAACAAGCAUGAGGCUAUGAUCACAGACCUGGAAGAACGUCUUCGACGUGAAGAAAAGCAGAGGCAAGAAUUGGAAAAGACUCGUCGAAAGCUUGAAGGAGACUCCAGUGAUUUGCAUGACCAGAUUGCUGAGCUGCAGGCUCAGAUUGCAGAACUCAAAAUACAGCUGUCCAAGAAGGAAGAGGAGCUGCAGGCAGCUUUAGCUAGGGUAGAAGAAGAGGCAGCUCAGAAGAACAUGGCCCUGAAAAAGAUCAGGGAACUCGAGUCCCAGAUCACUGAGCUGCAGGAAGACCUGGAGUCAGAGAGAGCUUCCAGGAACAAAGCCGAAAAACAGAAACGAGACCUGGGAGAAGAGCUGGAAGCAUUGAAAACAGAGUUAGAAGACACUUUAGAUUCUACAGCUGCUCAGCAGGAGCUCAGGUCAAAGAGAGAACAAGAAGUAACGGUUUUGAAGAAGACCCUUGAGGAUGAGGCGAAGACACAUGAGGCUCAGAUCCAAGAGAUGAGGCAGAAACAUUCACAAGCCAUUGAAGAACUGGCAGAGCAGUUAGAGCAAACCAAACGGGUGAAAGCAAAUCUUGAAAAAGCAAAACAAGCUCUGGAAAGUGAAAGGGCUGAACUGUCCAAUGAAGUAAAGGUACUUCUGCAAGGCAAAGGGGAUGCAGAGCACAAGAGGAAAAAAGUAGAUGCUCAGCUCCAGGAACUGCAGGUGAAAUUUACAGAAGGUGAAAGAGUGAAGACAGAAUUGGCUGAGAGGGUGAACAAGUUGCAGGUUGAGCUGGACAAUGUCACAGGCCUUUUGAACCAAUCUGACAGCAAAUCAAUCAAAUUAGCAAAGGACUUCUCUGCUCUGGAGUCACAGCUUCAGGAUACUCAGGAACUGCUGCAGGAAGAGACUCGCCUAAAGCUGAGCUUCAGCACCAAACUAAAGCAAACUGAGGAUGAAAAGAAUGCUUUGAAAGAGCAACUGGAAGAAGAAGAGGAGGCAAAGAGAAACCUAGAGAAGCAGAUCUCUGUUCUUCAGCAACAGGCAGUAGAGGCCAGGAAGAAGAUGGAUGAUGGUCUGGGCUGCCUUGAGAUAGCAGAAGAAGCCAAGAAGAAGCUGCAAAAGGACUUGGAGAGCUUAACCCAGCGUUAUGAGGAAAAGAUAGCUGCGUAUGACAAGCUGGAAAAAACAAAGACCCGCCUGCAGCAAGAGCUGGAUGACAUCGCUGUGGACCUGGAUCAUCAGCGCCAGACAGUUUCUAAUCUAGAGAAGAAGCAGAAGAAGUUUGAUCAGCUCUUGGCAGAGGAGAAGAACAUCUCUGCCAAAUACGCAGAAGAGAGGGACCGUGCUGAAGCUGAAGCCCGUGAGAAGGAGACAAAGGCCCUCUCCCUGGCCAGAGCCCUUGAAGAAGCCAUAGAACAGAAAGCUGAGCUGGAACGAAUCAAUAAGCAGUUCCGCACAGAGAUGGAAGACCUGAUGAGUUCAAAGGAUGAUGUUGGGAAAAGCGUCCAUGAGCUGGAGAAGGCUAAGCGAGCCCUGGAGCAGCAGGUGGAGGAGAUGAAGACACAGCUGGAAGAGCUGGAGGAUGAACUGCAGGCCACAGAGGAUGCCAAACUGCGGCUAGAAGUGAACCAACAGGCCAUGAAAGCACAGUUUGACCGAGACCUCCUGGGACGUGAUGAACAGAAUGAAGAGAAGAGGAAACAGCUGAUUAGACAAGUGCGGGAGAUGGAGGUGGAAUUGGAAGAUGAACGAAAACAACGUUCCAUUGCUGUGGCUGCCAGGAAGAAACUAGAGCUGGACCUGAAGGAUCUUGAAAGCCAUAUAGACACUGCUAACAAGAAUCGUGAUGAAGCCAUCAAGCAGCUCCGCAAACUGCAGGCACAAAUGAAGGAUUACAUGCGGGAACUGGAGGACACGCGUACCUCCAGAGAAGAGAUUUUGGCUCAGGCCAAAGAAAAUGAGAAGAAGUUGAAGAGCAUGGAGGCAGAGAUGAUCCAAUUGCAGGAGGAACUUGCAGCUGCUGAGCGUGCCAAGCGCCAGGCCCAGCAAGAAAGGGAUGAGCUGGCUGAUGAGAUUGCCAACAGCAGCGGUAAAGGAGCGCUGGCCAUGGAGGAAAAGAGACGCCUGGAGGCCCGGAUAGCACAGCUGGAGGAGGAGCUGGAGGAGGAACAGGGCAACACUGAGAUAAUCAAUGACCGGCUCAAGAAGGCAAAUCUUCAGAUUGAUCAGAUGAACGCCGACCUGAACGCUGAGCGCAGCAAUGCACAGAAGAAUGAGAAUGCUCGCCAGCAGAUGGAGCGCCAGAACAAGGAGCUUAAGCUUAAACUGCAGGAGAUGGAGAGUGCAGUGAAGUCCAAGUACAAGGCUACCAUCACGGCCUUGGAAGCGAAGAUAGUGCAGCUGGAAGAGCAGUUGGACAUGGAGACCAAGGAGCGCCAGGCUGCCAGCAAGCAAGUGCGCCGUGCCGAGAAGAAGCUGAAAGAUAUAUUGCUGCAGGUGGAUGAUGAGAGGCGUAAUGCUGAGCAAUUCAAAGAUCAGGCGGACAAGGCGAACAUGCGCUUGAAGCAGCUGAAACGCCAGCUUGAGGAAGCAGAAGAGGAGGCCCAGAGAGCCAAUGCGUCCCGCAGGAAGCUCCAACGCGAACUGGACGAUGCCACUGAAACAGCUGAUGCAAUGAACAGAGAGGUCAGCUCCCUCAAGAGCAAACUCAGGCGUGGGGACCUGCCCUUUGUCGUCACACGCCGGCUUGUCAGGAAGGGUACAGGAGAGUGCUCCGAUGAGGAAGUGGACGGCAAGGCAGAAGCUGGUGAUGCCAAAGCUACUGAAUAAGUCCUCUCAUUUUGCCCAGGUUACACAUGAUGGAAUGACCCAUCCACUCUCCCCUUUUCCAUUGGACUUUCUGCAAACCCUCUCCUCUUAAAUUGGCUGGGGAUCUGCAGAGCAAGUCCGGCUCUGUGUAUCUGGAGCCAUCGGGCAUCUGUGUUCCUCGUUUCCUCCUCUUUCCAGUUUCCUAAUCCUCUUUGUAUUUAAUGCCAAAGAGUUGGGGCUCUAAAAUCUGAACGGCAGUUUGGCAUCUACAAAGUCGUGUAGGACUGUCUGUGCCACGUCUGCUGAAGAAUCCUUACACAA